AGCGCAGAUUUGAGCUGUUCGGAGCGCGCGCGCAUCCGGAGACACGCAGCCGAGCAAAAGUUUGAAACCUGCUUGAAAUGAUAUUCGACCUUCCACACAGAUACCGAUACUAAACACUCCACUGGUCCAGGGAGAAGACCAGAGGGCAAGAACCAGUCUGGACUGAAGAGCAACACACUGUUCUGCUGUCCCCUACCAUUUGACAUUUGACAUUUACAUUUAGCAGACGCUCUUAUCCAGAGCGACUUACAGUAAGUACAGGGACAUUCCCCCGAGGCAAGUAGGGUGAAGUGCCUUGCCCAAGGACACAACGUCAUUUUGGCACAGCCGGGAAUUGAACUGGCAACCUUCAGAUUACGAGCCCGAUUUCCUAACCGCUCAGCCACCUGACUCCCCUACCAGACAGACAGACAGGCAGGCGGGCGGGUGAGACGCUCCAGGUCUUAUUUAUCAGCCGGCCCUGUCUUUUCCACAGUCAACACUAUUAAUCCACUGGUAUUCUGAUCGGACUGGCCGUUCACUCUGAUUUACUGUCCACGGUGCCACACACUCUCCCUGGUCUCGUCAGGUCCUCCCUGCUCUCUCCUGUGGCCUGGCUCAUUAGCAUACGACACACAGACUCCUGGGUAACGAAGUCCCAUCUGCACCACUCCGCCCCCCGCUGACACGCCUGCUGUGGUCACCAGAGCCGGCCUGUGGCCACAAGCCCUGGCUGGUGCUGGUGCUAUCUGGACACUGCACGCAGAUCUGUGUUUGUGUGUGUGUGUGUGUGACGUGGUGCGACUGGGAUAGACACACUCACCCAGUGACCAACGCCUGCAGGGCGAUCACGGAGGACUAGGGUGUGAACAGACUGCUCUGUCUGAGUCUCAGGAGUGUGUGUGUGUUGGAGUGUGUGUGUUGGUCUAACACUUUGUCAUAAGUCAUCAGAACUGGACAAUCUGGACCGGUUAUUCAGAAACUGACCUAGAUAGAUCCACUUUCUGCUGUUCGGUCUGUUACCAAGUAUUCCUGCCGCCCUCCUGCCCUGUCUCCCCCCAGACCGUCAGCCGUCCAAUCGGUGUUCAGGUUCCCCCAGCCAACUGCCCAAUCCGUGUGUGAUUCUACCAUCCUGUCACUCAGCCAUCCUAUCAGCAUACAAGUCCCUACCCAACCAUCCAAUCAGCGUGCAGGUCCUGCCGUUGGCCCCCGUGGAGGAUGAGCGAUGCCCCCACCCUGGAGUACGAGCUGCUCUCCCCGGGAACCUCCCUGCCCGGGCCCCGGGGGGCCCCCUCCCUGGGGGGGGACGCGGAGCAGCACACGGCACUGGCCUUCGUGGGGCUCCUCAUGCUGUUCCUGGUCUUCCUGCUUGUGAGGUGCUUCAGGAUCCUGCUGGACCCCUACAGCCGUAUGCCCUCCUCCUCCUGGAGCACCCACAAGGAGGGGCUGGAGAGGGGCCAGUUCGACUACGCGCUGGUGUAGGAGGGAGA